AUGAGCUGGCAUUACUUGGAUAUGCAUGCUGCUGCAGGAAGAGGUUGUGAUUCGGAGUUAAAUGGUGGCAAAGAAGUUAGUAAUAUUGGAAGAUUAAAAAUCAAUCUUUCUGAAUAUGUUGGGUUCCACAUAAUAACUAGACAUUAUUUAUUACAUGAAAGUAAGAUUAAUUCUACAUUAAAGAAAACUUUUGGGGAAUUUUCCUAUAAAGUACCUCCAUUAAAGAAAACUCAAAUAUUUAAUGGUAUUGCUGGAAUGAUAUCAGAUCAUAAUGAACAACAAGAUGAUGAAAGAUCAAAAGUUGGAUUAAAUACAGCACAUUAUAUGACAAAAUCUAAAUCAAUAUCUUCACUGAGAGUACUCAAGCCUUCAUCAACGGUUGUUCAGAGAUAG